UUGGGCGGGUGGUUAGAGUAACGCGCCGCCGGAUGGUCGGCGGUUGGACUUACGUAGUACAAAGGAAAGGAAAGGAAAGGUGGAGCGGUACAAUGUCACGAAAUUCUUCUGAAUUAUAUUUGUCUGAGAACAUCUGCCCCUCUGCUGCUCUACCCUUUGCGUUAAGGCUGAGACUGAUCACGUCAGAAACUCUGACAACGCCACUUUUAACCCCUCUCUCUCUCUCUCUCUCUCUCUGGAAACCUGCGGGUUUCUCACACUAAAAAGCUGUCAAGAAUCGAGAGAACCACUGCCGGUUUGAUGCAUGCGAGUAAUGGGGUGUGACUGAAUUCAUGAUGGGGUGGCGUGCAGUUGUAUUGUUCAUUCAUUGCCCUUCUCUCCUUCAAAACUUUCUCUCUCUCUCUCUUUCUGCUCUUUUUUUACUCUGCGCCUGUAGCCACUGUCAAUCUUUUUCCUUGAAGAAAUAAACAAAUUCAAGAAAAUGCAGACCCAUUCAAACUCUGGUAUUGAAAAGGAUGGGUCGCCAAGCGUGAAGCUGGUUCUGGGCUAUGGCCAUGUGAAGACAGAGCCAAAAGACAGAGAAGAAGAAGAAGAAGAAGAGGAAAGCAGUAAGUGUGGGUUUACAGAAGCUCAAUGCCAUGAAUUGUAUCUCCAAGCUCUGAUCUUCAAGUACAUACAAUGUGGUCUCCCUGUUCCCUUCCACCUUCUUCUUCCCAUCUGGAGAACUGUUUCCACCUCCUUCGCUUCUAAUACCACUGUGUUCUUUACCCAACAAUUCUCAGCCUUUAGAGACCUGAAUGCUUGGGGAUUUGGUGAUAUGAGCAUGAUGGAUCCUGAACCAGGGAGGUGUAGAAGAACCGAUGGGAAGAAAUGGAGAUGCAGCAAGAGCGUUGUUCCACAUCAGAAAUAUUGCGAGCGCCACAUGCAUAGAGGCAGCAAUCGUUCAAGAAAGCUUGUGGAAGCAUCUCAGAUUGAAUCCAAAUCUCACAUUAAUCCUGCUAGGCCUUUAAAUCUUGAGCCUAAGCCUAAGUUUCUCUCUUCAACUGCAACCGAUAAUGCCUCACCUUCCAUUGGAUUGCCAUCCAGUGGAGUUAAUGGACACGUUGAUAAACAUAACAGCUCGAGUGUCCAUGGAGUCGGCCCAAACUUAGUGAGAACCAUUGCUCCUUCCGACUCCCACAACAUUGAUGGGAAAUAUGCCAUGUUCAAUGGCGUCAACACUGCCAAAGAAACCAACCAAAUAAGCGAGAAGAGAAACACUUGUCAAUCUUAUGUUUUUGUUCCAGGACUAGGUAUAUUUCCUAAGAGUGGUCAUGAACAUGGUACAGGUAAAGCAGGGUCGUCUAGCUCAGGUAUUCCUCGAAACAGAUUGGCAGAAACUGAACUGCUGAGAUGCAACAGAUCGGAUGGUAAGAAAUGGCGAUGCAAAAGGGCUUCAAUUCCCGGGCACAAGUACUGUGAGAUUCACCUGCACAGGGGGUCCAAGAAGAUCACGGUGCCAUCAAAUCCAGUUACCGUUGCACUACCUCCACCCGCCUCCAUGGACAGAAUCUGCCCCCCGCUCGCCAUCCCUACUAGAUACCUUGAUGAUGGCACGAGCUUGAACACUAAUCUCUCCAUUGCACCGGCUUCUCAUCAACUAGUCAACUGCGAUUCUACUCAUACCAGCAGCAGUGAUUCCACCACCAUCACAGAUGAAACGCCGACUUUUGUCAUGCAUUGAUUCCAUCUCCUUGUGUUCUAGAGAAGUUUGCUGUUAUUUUAAGAACUAAAGAAUAUGGUUUAUUUACUUACUGUGUUUGUAUAGUGAAGUGCAGCUCUUAGAAGCAUUAUGUUCUAAUAGAAUUACGAGGAAAUUAAUGUGUAUUUUGUAUUUGGUAAA